GCGGGCCGUCCCCGCGAGAACCAGUUGUUGCCGGACACUCGAGCAGACAAAACCAGGGCGGCGGUAGCGAAUAGUUGUCGGCCUUCGAGAGCUGCAGCAGUCGGCGGUAGACGGUGGAGUCGUUACAUUUAUGAGAGAGCAUCCCUGAAGUCCUUGCUUAACCAGGUGGAUUUAUUAAAUCAGUGAAGAUGUUCAUCGCUGUGAAAAUAGGCUACGCUAUGAUCAUAGUGUGUCUAUUACUGAUGACUUGGGCCAUUAUGGUCAAGGCCAGUCCUGUUGCACUGGGCAGCGGCGUUAUUAACUACCCAAUGUCACUCGGGGCUCAGCAAGAUGCUUCUGACUCGAUUCAGUAUCCUCCUUGUGCUUUCAACCCCUUGUGCACCUGCUCGAAAGCAGUGCCGGACCUUGGCAUUGUUUCUUGCCGGGAUGUACCCCUAGCGCGACUACCUCCGUCACUAAAUUCCUCUAAGAUAUUCAUUCUCCGCUUAGAGAAUAAUGGUCUGCGAUGGAUUGAACCACAGCUCUUACAGUCCACUGGACUUUAUCGCCUCCAAAUCAGUGACAACCCUCUACCGGAAAUUCCCGAUGACUCCCUCAUGGGCCUUGAGAGAUCUCUGUGGGAACUUGCCUUGCAGAGGAACAAGUUGACAUCUGUUCCUAAUAGAGCUAUUCGCUAUAUGCAACGACUUAGGCUUCUCGAUCUCACAGGAAACGACAUUUACGAAUUAUCUUCUGAUUCUUUCCGUGGCUUGGAACAGUCGCUCUUAACUCUGGUACUUGCUGACAACUCAAUUAAUGCUCUUCCCCCUGGCGCGUUCAGCGAACUGAGCAGACUGGAAACUCUGGAUCUGCGAGGAAAUGCUCUUCAGAACCUCGACGCCUCAGCUUUGCCGCCAAGGAUUCAACACCUCUCGCUGGCUGACAACUUGCUAUCGAAAAUGCCGGUUGCCGCUUUGAAAACCGGUAUGCAGUCCCUGGACCUGUCGAGGAACAGGCUUGUGAAGAUCUAUCCUGAAGAGGAAGAUGACGACACCGAUCUCGAGUCGAGCGUCGUUGGUGACACCACGCAAGGAGGAAACAAGAAAAACAAAGGAAAUAGCGACUACCCUAGAAUUUCUUUGGAUGUGCUACGCCUGGAAUAUAACUUUAUUACUGAGCUUGAAGAGGCUUCUUUCCGAACCUUCACUUCGAUUAAUUAUACCUUCCUUGACGGCAACCCAAUCAACACGCUUCACAACUACGCUUUCAAAGAUGCGACCAUCCGUGACCUUUCAAUGCGCGACUGCGGUAUCAACACACUUCCACUAAACGUAUUCGGUGGACUGGAGAACAGCUUGCACUACCUCGACCUGAGCUCUAACAAUCUGAAAGAGCUGCCUCACGGUAUGCUCGCCCGUCUUCCAAACCUGCGUGGUCUCAAUUUGAGGGACAACCGCGUGAAAAUCGAACCCAACAUGUUCGACCACGAUUACUCGGGCGCAAUUCCCGUCAAUGUGAAACAGAGCAAUAGAAAUGCUGACACUUCAAACAAGAAAAAUGUUAUUGGAAACGCGAACAACCUGCACCACUUGGACAUUUCUGGCCGAGAAAUGGAAAUGUUCUCCUCGGUGCCCGAAAUGAUGGAGCCGUGGACAGGCCUUCGUGAGAUCUCUUUUGGAAGGUUCAAGGGUGGCAAGAAAUUGUCUCCUGAGGACUUUACUGAAUUAAGCCCGGACGUUGAGGAGCUGAAUUUCAUCAAUUCUGGCCUUACUGGAAUCAACGCUCACGCAUUCCGCAAUGCUCGCGGCGUGAGGCGGCUCGACUUUUCUGAGAAUUCUAUCAAGAAUUUGGACAAUGAUGCAUUUGUUGAAAUUGGACACUCCCUGGAUGAGCUGAGAAUGCACCGUGCUCUUAAAAUGGAUUCUAUACCUGCCAAAGCAUUUAUGCACCUGACUGGCACCAAGGAAAUCGAUCUCAGUGCUAACGGUCUGAAAACUAUCCCAGAAAGCUCAUUCAUGGCUUUGAAGAGUUUAAGGCGCAUUCGCAUGCACGAUAAUCACAUUGGGCGCAUUCCCAAGGGUCUUUUCCUUCCCGAAACACACAUGUACCUUGAAGAUGCCGACUUUUCGUUUAAUGCGAUCGAUCACGUUUAUGUUGACACGUUCAAAGGUUUGACUUCUUUGCGGCAAAUCCGCCUUGAUGACAAUAAAAUAGCUGCAAUGGAGCCAAAAUCCUACGCUGAUUUGCCACGCUUGCGAUUUUUGGAUCUGCAAGGCAACCGCGUCAAUGAACUGAACACCGACACCUUCCAAAAUCUGCCGGAGCUUGAGGAGCUGGAUAUUUCAUACAAUAUGCUCAAACAGCUUAAUUUCGCUGCCCUCGACCAGGUCGGAACACUAGCAUCUCUUUGUUUCAACGUUAGUCACAACAAGCUGACUGAGCUAAAACCAGUAAACGUGAUGAUUAGCAAUAACAAUAAUAACUACAACAACCAAGGCAAUUACCACGUCAACGUCAAAACUAUGGACAUUAGUUUUAACAACAUCACGGAAAUUGCUGGAGGAUUUUUCCGUCCAAUCGAAACGGCUCUGACUUAUCUGAUGCUUGGCCACAACAGCAUUACAAAUGUUACUAGGGAGGCUUUCGGCAAUAUGCCUCACCUUCAGUGGCUCGAUCUCUCUCACAAUAAAUUACGAGAAGUUGAUUUUGAUGCUUUCCGCCACACUCGACGUCUGCAGGUUCUAUUUAUGGAUCACAACGAGCUAGCUGAAAUUCCUGCUGAGACUUUCCACAGUUUAACCGAAAUGAGAGUAGUUUCUUUUGCCCACAAUCAACUUCGCCAGCUUCCAGACGGCCUUCUAUUUGCUGCCUCUAAUAUGGAGAGAUUGGAUGUAUCUAAUAAUCAGCUCACUAGAGUGCCAAUCGGAGUAUUCAGCUCUGGUUCGGGGCGCUCACUUUGCGAACUCGACCUUUCAGGCAACCAGAUUGCUGCUCUUCAACCUAAUGAUGCUGUGAAUAGGUUUAAGUCACUGACUUUCCUCGAUCUCUCGGACAACCGUUUAACGCGCUUGGACGACAGCACUUUCCUGGGCAUGUCUCAACUCUCUUCACUGCACCUGAGUUUCAACAACUUUGACUCCUACGGACUCUCUAGUGCCCUCGCCGCUCUGGACUCCAGCCCACGACUCGUGGAGCUCAGUCUUGCUGGACUGAAUUUAGACACACUUCCCUCUCUACCUCCUCUUCCAGCUUUGAGGGAACUGCAUGCGCAAUAUAACAUUCUGCCCGCGCUGCCAUCCGAUUUGGCCGCCAACCUUACCGGUUUGAGAAUGCUUGACGUGAGGGACAACUCCUUAAACACCCUGGGACAGGUUGGACUUGGUGGCGGACUGAUCCUGCCUCAGCUGCGAAGCUUAAAAAUUGCAAACAACCCACUUGGACUGAUCACAGACGCGUGUUUGGCCACAGCCACCCGUCUAGGUGAACUGGACAUUCGCAACCUGACGCAGCUCACUGCAAUCGAAACCGGGGCUCUGUCCAAGAUGAACCACUUGCGUACCCUGAAAGUCGGUACCUUCAACAUGGCUCGCGACUUCAACAUCCCGCGUUUGAUCAAGCAUAACAUUGCACUGAAAAAUCUAUUUGUGGAGCUCGACUCUCGUGAAAAGGAUCUCAACGAUAAAAUGAACGGCAUCUUCCCCACGAAGCUUUCAGCUGUCUAUUUCACUGGAAAAUCUUUGAAAUCGAUUGGAAAUAAUGUGCUUCAAGGAAUCCGCAGUCCCAUGUUGCAUAUUGGAAUUCACAACACCAGCGUUGAAACUAUUCCCAAAGCAUUCUUCAAUCAACUUGGCCGCACCAGAAAUCUAACCCUGGAUGUCCGCAACAACACGAUUAAGAGCAUGGCUAACCCUAACAGCGGAGAACGUCCAGGGGCGCCCAAGGCUGUUUUCUUGACCCACCUGCAAAUGUCUGGCAACAACUGGAACUGCGAUUGCGAACUUGGUUGGGUCGAAGUGUGGCAGCGCAAGAAGAGGCAGUUCUUGUGCCCCGGCGGCGAUAGAAACAAAUGCGAAUACGGCGCGGAAGACGAUCUGCGAAACUCCAAAUGCGAGAACAAACAACGAACCUCCUUGAUAGAAGUUCUUAAAGCAGACCUGGAGUGCGGAUGGUCUUCGGGCAGUGUCAGCUUGACGGCCCAGAAGGCUGUGGCCAUUAUUCCAGCGAUCGCCCUUAUCAUCAUGUCCGUCCUUUACUAAUCCAUUUUCAACCGCAGGCUGAACAUGUAAAAUCUACCAAGCAUUUCCCACGUGUGCAAAUCAAAUCAUUAUGUAUAAUGUUAUUUCAAAUUGCUGGCAUUGGUGUCGGAUCUGGUCAUUUUGCGAACGGAAAAUUCAAUUCAUCGUUAUAAAUCCUUUUUAAAACGCUAAUCAAAAGUGACUUUUUUAUUUUUAUAGAUGCUUUGUUAGUCGUCUCACUCAAUAAUUUUCAUUACUGUCUACGCAUAGUUAAAAUUUGGUCGGAACCUGAUGAUUACAUUUUCCUGUAAUUGAUUUGCAUCAGAUAUCCGAAUAAGGACGAAAUCAGUCCAAAGUAUUGUACGAAUAAAAUAGCCAACAAACUUACUUUUAUCAAAUGAUAAAUUAAAAAUUUUAAAAUAAAAAUUGGAUAAAAUUUGUUUAUUAUUAGGAAGCGUUUUAGUGGAAUGAGAGUAUUUGGUGACAACCUUAAAAUUUGUAAACGUGUUAUCGAUUAGUGAAGCAACUCACAAUUAUAUAGAUAAACACUCUUGCAGAGGCCGUUGCAUUGAGCAGCCAAUUGCGUUUUUUCUUCCUAUAUUUUAGUGUGUAUUUAAUUUACAAUCAAAACACAUCAGGAAGAAAAGCAUUUAUCAAACCAAACCUAAUCAGGUGCUAAUGACAGCCAAGUGUGUUGAUACAUUUUUACCGCAUAUUAUAGUGUUCUCACAAAACAACUUCAAGCUGUUCAAGCCUAUUUCCGUGAUUUUUCAAGUCAGCUUAGCCUACGUCCAUGGUAAUUUCUAUCCGGGUAAAUACCAAAUUAUUUAAUUUUUUGGAUGGCUUAUUUUCGACCAAUUCAUGAACACCUAAAAAAUUACACAAUUUUAGUCAUCCCAAAAAUUUACACUGUCACAUUUAUCUGUCACAUCAAAUUGCUGGCAAUUAGUGUUAGAAUACAUGCACCUAUUGUUCCAAUCAAACCUCAAAACCUCCUUCAGACGAAAAGUCAUAAAUCACCAAUUGCUCAGAUAUUUUCAAUUUUUAUUGAUUAAAUUAAAAUGAAAAAUAUUAAAAAAAUCACAUCUACGCAAAAUACAUUAAAUAAAUCUGUAUCAGCAUUGUCGUUUUUGUUAUUGGAUAAAUAAAUUACAUGAUUAGAUGAAAUAUCAAAA